GAGAAGUUUUUGAGAUUUACAGCAGCAGAGAGACAGUCUUGCUUCGGUCUUGAAAAGCAGUCAGGACGAGAGCCAAAGUGAUUGGCUGAGGAAGCAGAGGGAGUGUUUCAGGGCAGUAAGGCGUCUCGAGGACGUCUUGCAGAGGAGUGGACAAAGAGGCAGAGCAAUGCACGCUGUCUGGAUUGGCUGUGGUGAGAGUGUGUCUUGUGUGUUUAAGAUCUUGUGAGGAAGCAGAGAAGAGAAAUCUGAGUGUGCACAAGGAAGGGGAGUGCUGGUAGGAAGGAGAGGUGAAGAAGAGGACAAGAAGGGAAGAGGGCGAGUCAGAGGGUAAAGAGCGGAGCAAGGGAAAGGAGGUGAGGACAAGAGGGUGAGAGAGAAGUUUCUUUGUGGCUGAGGAAGAGCUGACGAGGGAGAAAGAGAAGAAAACAAAGAGGGGAGGGUGAGAAAUAUUGUGGGCUGAAGAUUGACAGGAUUAAUGAGAGGGAGAGUAACAAGUGACUUAACAAGUUUCUGCCACCAGCUGAACCAAAGACAGAAAUACUCAUUGAGAGGUUAGUGACACAAUCUGGUGGGUUGUUUUUUGUUUUUUUUUUUGUUUGCGUGCUCCUCCUUCUCCCUCUUCCUCCUCCUCUUCUUCAUGCUGUUGUUGGCCUUAACUGGCGGCGGGUCACUGGGGCGCCACUACAUCGCCAUGUUCGAGGCCACGCAGAACGUCACGCUCAAGCCUACAGAGUCCUGGAGGGAAGCGCUGCUGGACACACGCGUCAUGGACCUCUUCUUCACAGUACACAGGAAGAUUCGGGAGGACUCGGACAUGGCCCAGGACUCCCUGCAGUGCCUGGCCCAGCUGGCCUCCAUGCAUGGGCCCAUCUUCCCCGACGAGAGCGCCCAGGUCUCCUACCUGGCCCACCUGGUGGAGGGCCUGCUCAGCAUGAUUAACGGGAUUGAAAUUGAGGAUUCAGAAGCGGUGGGCAUCUCCAAUAUAAUUUCCAAUCUGAUCACCAUGUUCCCUCGAAGUACUCUAACGGCGCUGCCCAGCGACCUCUUCACCUCCUUCAUCAACUGCCUCACGCUGCUCACCUGCUCGUUUGGACGCAGCGCCGCCCUCGAGGAGGUGCUGGAUAAGGACGACAUGGUUUACAUGGAGGCGUACGACAAGCUGCUGGAGUCGUGGUUGACACUCGUCCAGGACGAGGAGCAUUUUCCUCGCGGCUGCUUCGUCCAGCCGGCGAUCCAGGUCUUCAACUCGUACAUCCAGUGUCACUUAGCUGCUCCUGACGGCACCCGGAACCUGUCAGUGAACGGCAUAUCGUCUCAUGAAGAAGAAGAGAUCAACGAGCUGCAGGAAGACGACAGAGAGCUGUUCUCAGAUCAGCUGUCCAGUAUCGGCAUGCUGGGACGUGUGGCUGCUGACCACUGUAUCCCUCUGCUCACAAGCCUCCUGGAGGACCGCGUGACACGGCUGCACGGUCAGCUCCAGAGGACGCAGCAGCACCUCAUGGCCACAUCUGACCCCGGAUCAAUGGACCGAAAAGUCCUGGACGACCUCUAUGAGGACAUCCACUGGCUCAUACUGGUCUCAGGGUAUUUAUUAGCAGAUGACCCUCAGGGUGAAACCCCGCUGAUCCCCUCAGAGGUGAUGGAGUUCUCCAUCAAACACUCGACAGAAGUGGACAUCAACACGACGCUGCAGAUCCUCGGCUCGCCGGGGGAGAAGGCCUCGUCCAUACCGGGCUGCAACCGCACAGACUCAGUCAUCAGGUUGCUGUCAGCGGUGUUGCGGACGUCAGAGGUCGAGUCCAGGGCAACAAGGGCGAGUCUGACGGAGCUGCUGAGCCCACAGAUGGGAAAAGACAUCGUGUGGUUCCUCAGACGCUGGGCGAAGACGUACCUGCUGGUGGACGAGAAGCUCUACGAGCAGAUCAGCAUCCCUCUGAGCACAGCGUUCGGAGCAGACACAGAGGGGGCCCAGUGGAUUGUGGGAUAUCUUCUGGAGAAGGUGAUCAACAACCUGUCGGUGUGGAGCUCAGAGGCUGAGCUGGCCAACGAUACCGUGGAGCUGCUGGUGACGCUGGUGGAGAGGAGGGAGAGGGCGAACAUCGUGGUGCAGUGUGAGAGCUGGUGGAACCUGGCGAAGCAGUUUGCCAGCCGCAGCCCGCCGCUCCACCUGCUGUCCAGCUCCGUGCAGAGGACGCUGAUGAAAGCUCUGGUCCUCGGAGGCUUCGCUCACAUGGACUCUGACGCCAAACAGCAAUACUGGGCGGAGGUGCUUCACCCUCUGCAGCAGCGUUUCCUCAACCUCAUCAACCAGGAGAACUUCGCUCAGAUCAGCCAGGAGGAAGCCGUCAAACAGGAAAUCGUCGCCACAUUGGAGGCGCUGUGCGGCAUCGCAGAGGCGACGCAGAUCGACAACGUGGCCUCGCUCUUCUCGUUCCUCAUGGACUUCCUGUCCAGCUGCAUCGGCCUCAUGGAGGUCUACAGCAACACGCCGGAGACGAUCAACCUCAUCAUCGAGGUGUUUGUGGAAGUGGCUCACAAGCAGAUCUGUUACCUCGGAGAGACGAAGUCCAUGAAGCUGUACGAGGCGUGUCUGACGCUGCUGCAGGUCUACUCCAAAAACAACCAGACCAGGAAACGAGGCGACGCCACAGCGGAGGAGGACCAGUACCAGGACCUGCUGCUCAUCAUGGAGCUGCUCACAAACCUGCUCUCCAAAGAGUUCAUCGACUUCAGCGACACCGACGAGGUGUUUCGAAACCAAGACCAGGGCACGCCGGCGUCCAGUCGGACCGUUUCUGCAGCAGAUGUGGUUCUCUACGGCGUCAACAUCGUUCUCCCGCUCAUGUCUCAGGACCUGCUCAAGUUCCCCUCCCUGUGUAACCAGUACUACAAGCUCAUCACCUUCAUCUGUGAGAUCUUUCCAGAAAAGAUCCCACAGCUGCCAGAAGACCUCUUCAAAAGCCUCAUGUUCUCCCUGGAGCUGGGAAUGACCUCGAUGAGCUCUGAGAUCAGCCAGCUGUGUUUGGAGGCUUUGUCUCCUCUGGCUGAGCAGUGUGCUAAAAACCAGGAGAAGGACACGCCUCUCUUCAUCGCCACCCGUCACUUCCUUAAGUUGGUGUUUGACAUGCUGGUCCUGCAAAAACACAACACAGAGAUGACGGUGGCGGCAGGAGAAGCCCUCUACACACUCGUGUGCCUGCAUCAGGUGGAGUACUCGGAGCUGGUGGAGACCCUCCUCUCCUCGCAGAGAGACGCCGUCAUCUACCAGCGGCUGGCCGACGCCUUCAACAAGCUGACGGCCAGCAGCACGCCGCCCACCAUGGACCGCAAGCAGAAGGUCGCCUUCCUUAAGAGCCUGGAGGAGUUUGUGGCCAACGUGGGCGGCCUUCUCUGCGUGAAAUAACCACUGGAAACUCCCAUCUCGGAUCAUGUUUUUUUUUUUUUUUUUUUUUAAAGCAACCAAUCAAAAGACGCCCAGAUUCGUCCCUAAGAACUAUGGGUAGACGAGGCAGCUGGAGGCGCUCUCUGUCUCUCUGCCCGCUGAGGGAUCCAUCUCAUACCUGAAUGUUUACCCCGUUUUCACCUCUGGAUUUUUUUUCUUUUUUUUUUUUUUUUUUAUCCUCCCCGCCCCUACAGCAUGAUUGACAGACCUGAUGAAAUGAUGAUGGUGUGGUUACCAUGGAGACUGAACUGCAGAGCAGACGGACUCAGUCUGAGGAUCCUGUUGACUGAUGUGACGAAGUUUUGACCAUCAUGACGACGAGAGGUGGCGGAGCAGCGGCGGCGAAUGUUGACGGCGUUCUCUUCAGCCUCCGCCUCCACCUCAUGUACCUUGAGGCCACAAACACACAUACACACACACACACACACACAGAGUGACAUCGAGGUUAAACAAGUUGCAGUUUUUGGAAAUUGAAGGAGAAUAUUUUUUCCAGUGUGAGGUUUUGUAGUUGAAAGUAUUAGAGGGGCCAUUUCAUUUCAAGAAUGCCAUUACGAGAAAACACACAUAUAUACACACACACACACACACUCACACACGCUGCCCCAAUCCUUCCCAGAGUGCCUUUGUUUUGUUGAUUGUUCUGUGUGUGCGGUUUUAUUUUGUCAUGCAUCAACUGACAACAAACUGUGCCUGCCAUUCGCCAAGAAAACAGCGGAUGCACACACACACUCAAAAAAUGCACACACACACACACACACACACACACACGAGAUGUUGCCGACUGUCUUUGGGGUCGCUGAACGGCGCAGCACAGGAGGGCAUUUGUUUAUUUGUUGGCAAUGACAGAAAACCAAAAUCAGAUUCACUAAAGGGUGUAAAUAUAUAUAUAUAUAAUGUUUUCAAAUCAGAAACCACGAGAAAUGUUUGUUCAAAGACAAAAAAAAAAAAGAAACAUGACUGAAAUGUUUUUAUAUGCCGGCGUUCGGCAGGAAGAGUUGAGUUCAACCUUGUAUGAAUUCAGAUAAAGAGGGAGUAACUCGGUUUUUGCGGUUUGAUAUUUUUUCUCUAUUUGGAUCGUAGAUUUCUCUCCCGCCGGGACACUUGAAGGCUCGGGGCCUCUAAAGUUUAGCAGAUUUAAUUUCAGUAGUAUUUUUCUACAGCAGCGCAUCACUCUUCAACACACACUGGAUCGAAGCGGAGACUGUUUGAGCUGAUGGACAGCAAUAACAAACCAAAUAAAAAGGAGCAGAGCCACUUUGUUGAAGCAUUACGUCGGAGACCUCCUCGUUCAGAGCACUAUCCUGGUUAUGUAGAAUGGCUGUUUUGUUAAUGAAGUGUAAAAGUGUACAUAAAGUUAUUGUAUAAAA